CAGCAAGUUUGUAUGGUGCGUCGCACGGGCCAAUCAAGGUCGCCGAAUUCGGCGUCGGUCCUUCCAGCGCACAAGACGGACGAUCGAUGCUGCAAGCCCGCGAGAAGACCCGCGACCUCGUCACGCGCUGCUUUGUGAACGGCCUUGGCUACCGCGUCGCAGCGGUCUACGCACCCAACGUGGCCAACGUCAUGCGGGCCAAGUGGACCGACCAGCACAACCCAGUGCUCUCGACGCAAGACACGCGCGAGUGGUCCGAGUACAUGGCCGGUGCGACGAUGCUGAGCGCCUUCUUCAAGGGCGAAGAGCGCGUCAAGAUGAGCCUCAAGAAUGCGUCGCACCACAUUCAAGUCGAAGCCAUGAGCGUCGGUGAGGUCCGUGGCUACACACGUCCGGACCCGACGGGCCCGACGGCGUACUCGGUGCUGGAAGUCGACAAGGUGCUGUACGGCGCCGCCAAGCCGUACAAGACGAUCCUCUCGAGCAUGGGCAGCGCGCAAGCGGAUUGGCAAAUGUACUACGACGUCUCGGAGCAGGUGCCGACGAUCGUCAAGAUCGAGUCGGGCGUCGGCGAGAACGACGAAGUCGCGUGCUGCGGUAUCACGGUCCAAGAGCUGCCGCAGGUCGAGAAGCCGUCGCCGCUCCAGGACCGUCUCCGGCUCUUUGAGGCCCUCGAUAUGCUCGAAAUGGUGCAGUCGGAAGGCAUGCUCAGCGUGCUCAAUGUGCUCUUCCCCGAAGUCGCCAUUUCGGCGGACGACUGCAAGCGGAUGCCCGUCGACUACUACUGCCGCUGCUCGAAGGAGCGUUUCGUCAUGCGCCUCCACCAGCUGCCGGCGGACGACCUCAACGACCUCGUCUCGGAGGGCGGCGUGAGCAUGUCGUGCAACUACUGCAACGCCGCGUACUUUGUCGACGCGAACCAGGUCCAAGCGAUCGCGAUUGAGAAAAUGGCCAAGUAGAAUAGUACCAUAAUUGAUACAACGACCCACCUGUCGCUCCA